AUGAGCCUACUCUUCAUUCGCUUCCUAUCAAUAGUAGCGCUGUGUUUAGGAGCCGACAAUUCGCAUGCACCCUGCUUUUUUCCUGAGUUCGAGCUCCGACCGUUCUUCUACGACGUUAACAGCGAUGUGGCUCCAUGGACUGCUAUAGUUGAGACAAUCGUUGAUCCGCCAGACGCACGUAUUCUUCUGGCGUCUGUGAGAUCAGAAAUCCCUGUUGGGAUCAACUUCACAGAGCGGUUCACGUUAGUGUCGUCGCCAACGGGACGAUUCUCAUUGCACUCCGUUCUGCCGCUGACACUUCCUCCGCAGCUCAACCGGACGAAGCUCUACGUGACCGUUGUCUGCAACGACGAAGCAUUCGCCUUGUUUACCGUGAGAGUCACAUCUGUCGAUAAUGGGACUCCUCAGUUCUACAAUGAACCGUACUAUGUCGACGUCAAUGAGAGCCUCAGAGUCGGCGAGACCGUAAUCACACCAGUCGUUGUGAUCGACUGGGACUCCAAUCAUGCUGUUCCUAGACUUCGAAUUCAGGGAGUUGACUCACCCUUCAAGGUGGUUACCAAACUCAGCAACUCCACCACUCCGCCAAUACAGAAGGUCGGCUCAAAUCAUACGGAGACUCGUCAACCAACGCUGGUACUCCUGAAACUUGUGAAACCGAUCACACGCCUUCCAAUUACUUUGAAGCUUGUCGCAGAGGAUGUUGACGACUGUGAUCGAUCCUCCGUGACAUCCAUACACAUCCGAGCUAAGCCGAAGCCUAAAGCAGGUCAUCCUGGAAAAUUUUCAGCUGAAACUCAGAUCCCAAACCCGCAACAUAGAGAAUCAGUACCAAAAACAGAGCAAAGAAGUGAAAUCACAACUCAAGAACCACUGUCUUCUACUGAAUAUUCCGCAGAGACCGAUAAUACAGGAGUUCUCGACGAAGAAACUGCAGAAGGAGAUAAGCUAGUGAAGACAGGGAAGGAUAACGAAUCCGAACCUGAGAAUUCCCUUUUCCCGGUUGAUCACGCCACAAUUUUUCCGAAAUCGAUCAAAACUGGAGAACAAUCCAUCGAGAUAGAAGAGAAGUCAUUGGAGAUUGAGAAGAAUGCAGAGGAAUUCACAACCCAGACUUUAAAUUCGCCUACUGAACACCCAGAACUUCCACUAAAUCCCAGAAGAAAUAAGGACAAUCUCUAUAAACAAGAAGAUGUUCCAGUUAUGAGUGCAAAGGACGAGCAGUCCAGCAGCAUCGAUCAAGAUUCGUUUCCUCCCCAGAAAUCUUCCACUAAUUCAGAACAACUUGAAAAAAUCAACGAACAUCUCAGCGCAGAGAAGGACGAAGCUGAGGAGAUUGUCGUAGAUUCUACCCAGAUUCCUACUGAACACUCCAGAAAAUUACCGAAAGCAAAGAACCGUAAUUCACAACUCAUAAAACAAGAAGAUAUUCCUAUUGUACAGUCUACUGUCAAGCAAUAUGACAAAGUCACAGCUCAGAGUUCUAUUCCGGAAGACCCAACGAGUGCCAUUAAAUCAACGGAGCCUAAAGAACGCCGUGUUACUGAGGCUGAUAAACCAAUAAGUUCGGAGAAUGAAAGCGAAUUUCAAGUCCAGAGCAUGUCAUCUUCUCCUGAUGUUGUGAGUGUACAGGAUGAGCAGUUCAUAGACCAAGAUUCGCCUCCUUCCCAAAAACUUUCCACAAAUUCAGAACAGCUUGAAAAAAUUGAGGAACAUUUUGGCACCGAAAAAGAUGAACCUGAAGAAGCUGAAGAGGUUGGCGAGCUCAUCACGCAAGCUUCACUACUUCCUAUCGAACGAACCCUAAACUUACCGAUAGCAAGAAAACAUAAUUCGCAACUCAUAGCGCAAGAAGAUACGGUACAGUCUACUGCCGAGCAAGACGAUGAAGUUAUAACUGCGCGUUCUAUUCCGAAAGAUCAUGUGGAUCGAACUAAAUCAGUGGAAACUAAGGGACAGCGCUCUAAUGAGGCUGAAGAACCCGUAAACGAAGAGAAGGAUACCGACUUCGAAGUCCAUAGCUUGUCACCUUUUCUGGAAGUAUCUACAAACGUCCCGAAGAAAAUUAAAUCUAGAAAUCUUUUUGUGGAGUACGGUAAUGACGUGAGCGAGUCCUCUACACGCUUCGAAAAGUGUGCGAUGAGAGUUUCAAUGCCAGAAAAUAGCGAGUGGACGAUGAUCGAUAUGGUGAACCCUGACGGAACUUUCGAGAUAAAUCAAGGCACAGGCGAGGUUUUCAUUCGCGACAAUCGCAUAAUGGAUCGUGAACUUUUCUCACAACUCGAACUGGUAGCAGAGAUCCAUGGAUCUACUCACAUGACUAAAUGUGCCAGGACCCGAGUGACCGUGGAACUACUGGACGUGAACGACAACAAACCGGCAUUCGAGAAAGAGAUGUACAAUUUCCUCAUUUCGGACGAGUUCCCCGUGGAAGGAUCUGUGGGGAUCGUUCGCGCGAGAGAUAUCGAUGAGGGCGAAGCAGGUCGCGUCACCUAUCGACUUCUCAACGAUUCUGUCCCUUUCGAAAUUCGGAAGAAAGGAAAGGAUGGCGAAAUUUUCACCACGGCAGAACUCUUCGGAUCGGAAGAGUUUCAGUUUAUUGUUGAAGCUCGGGAUAACGCAGAGCCGUUUUUAUCCUCAGAGGUCCCGGUGAACAUACUCGUUACAUCGUCUGGGCUGAAAUCCAGGAGCGUUGCGAUUAAGAAGCGGAAGGGAGCACCGAAGAGAAAAGCCAGUGGAGUGAUAUCGGCUACUCUAAAGCCGCUAGAUCUUAACUCAAUUAACGAUUCUUCUGAGGCGAGCGCUACGUUGGAAGAUGAAGCAACCACCUCUUUGUCUUUCACAACACAAACAACCACUUUUCGAUCAACGACUCCUCGAACUACCAGAGUUCUCUCAACUGUUGACAUCUCGACACUUUCUCCAGAUCUACUAACAUCUACUUCUUCUUCUUCCGCGACAGUGCCCGCUACCUUCACUGAUGAGGUAGACGCCGAAAUUGAGGUCGAAAGUAGUACAAAUGUAGUCAGCGAAGCAUCUGAAGAAGAAAAAAAUGAGGACUCCACGACCACGAAUUCCAUCCAGCAAAUGACCGUCAAAUCCUCCCACAAUAGCAGUUUCGGAUUUGUUGAGUCCUUGUACUACUUCGAAGUGUUCGGACCACCUCGGGAAGGAGACGUAAUGGGACGAGUGGAAGCUCGACCGUCACCGCAGAUGUAUGCUGUGGAAAGAACGGCGGUUGGUGCAUUCAAAGUCGAUCCUGACAUCGGGGAAAUUUCCGUGGGUGAAGGUUUGGGACGUCUCGCCAACGGCAACCAUACGUUCCUCGUCUCAGCAACGGACGGACUCAGAACGGCCCAAACCGCUGUGACCGUUCGACUGGACACUCGUAAGAACAGAAAUGAAGCCGUGCCACGAUUCGAGAGAAAUCGCUAUGUCUUCCGGGUAGCAGAAAACAGGUCUCCGUCAGUGGUUGGAGUAGUAAGGGCCUACCACGUUGCUCUGUCGUCAACUGACGUAACACUGAAAUACGAGAUAAUCAAGGAUGACCAAAACGUUGUAGUGCCUUUUCGUGUUCAUCCAGUGUCCGGAGAAGUGAUGAGUGAGUCGCCGCUCGACCAUGAACUCAACAAAGACUAUGAGUUUAAAAUUCGUGCUUGCCUUUCGGUCAACCCAACUAACUGCGGGUACACCAUCGUCGUCGUCAUAGUCGACGAUCUGAAUGACAACGCUCCACGAUUUUCGUCAUCCGAGUUCCGACUUUCGCUUCCAAGCGAUCUACCAACUGGUUCUGACGUCCUUGUUCUGAAGGCAACUGAUCCUGAUUCUGGCCCGAACGGAGAUGUCGGCUACGCCAUCAACCCGGCCAGUGCCGUGUUCGAAAUCGACAACCGCACUGGAAAAGUUCGGACGAUAGCUCCACUCACUGAAUCGCUCUACAACCUCGAAGUGGAAGCAUUCGACCAUGGAGAGCCGAAGAACACUGAUGUUACAAAACUCAUCAUUUCAGUACAUGGCACCAACCCUUCGGCACCGUUCUUUGAUCAGACUGGAGCCAUUUCUGCAAGGGAACGGUUAACGGCCAACGAUGGUCCCUUUGAACUGACUGUGGUUGCUGAGGAUCAGAGCACAGUUUUUAAGAGAAGGACGUAUACGAUUCUUCACAUCGAUAUUGUUGGCGACACGUCGUUGCGUUUUCUUCCUCUCCCAUCCACAAUAUACAUCUCCACGGAUAAAGCAGUAGGAAGCGUCGUUUUACGGGCUUCCGCCUUCACCAGCUCCGCAACGACGGUUCGUUUCCGGGUUCUUGAAAACGAUGCGCAAUUUGUGAUGGACGACGACUUGCUACGGGUGGCCACCCAUCUAUCCGCCGGCGAAACCACUUUGACGAUACGAGCAGAGACCGAGAAUGCUCACUCGGAUCAUCGACUGAGGGUAGUUGUGAUGUUCGAUCGGGAUAAGUACCCGGUCUUUCCGCAGCUGACCUACGACAUUGAUAUCCCCAUCGAUUCCAUAUUCCCACUGGUUGCUCAUCGAUUCGACGCUCAACUUCUGAAUGGCACGCUUGGCUACCGUUUCUUUCCGGAUAACGUCGCUCCACAUGGGCUUCAUAUUAGCGCUGAAACGGGCGAGUUGUCGGUCACUUCCGAAUAUGUGAACACACCGUCCAAUCACGAUACGCAGUUUGCCGUGGUUCGAGCUGUGAAUUUGGACUACCCGGAGUUUUAUUCGGACGUGGGGGUUGCAAUCAGUUUGGUCUCGAGCAGAACAAUUCGCUUUCCUCACUCUAUUUAUCGUCUGCAAAUCACCGAAAACGUUCCUGUUGGGACGGCACUUUUUCCACCGCUUGAGGUGUUCCCGAAGUCAUCCGCUGUGACCUAUUCCAUCAAUCCUCCGUCGCCACUCAGCAUCCUACCGAAUGGCACUCUGGUCAUCAACUCGCCUGUUGAUCUGGAAGCGUUGCCAGUUGACCAAGCUGACAACCUGCACUUCGUGGUAACUGCAACUUUGGCAGAUGUCCAAGCAGUCACGAAACUCCAGCUAAAAAUCAAGGAUGUAAAUGAGUUUGCACCGCUGUUUGAGAAGAAACACUACGAGGCUUCUAUUCGCGAAGAUGCUGCUCCAGGAAGUUUGAUCGUGCGGGUACGAGCGACCGACGACGACCGAACGGAAGGAACGCACCUGCUUUACAAGAUUGUGGGAGGGUCUGGUCGUGAGCUGGUGUUUAUUCAAGAAGACGGAACAAUAAUCCUUGGCGACUCUGCACUAGAUAGGGAGACUUUGAGGGAAUUUGAUGUAAUUGUGGAAGUUAUCGAUCGAAGCGGAAAUAAGGACACAGCAACAGUUCGAGUGAACGUCGAAGACAUCAACGACAACGCUCCCUUUUUCCCCGAAAAGCAUCUGAUUUGGAACGUUACUGAAGGAUCGAACGGCGCAACUUUUAAAAUUGCGGCGACAGACAAGGAUUCAGAACGUAACGCCGACAUAGACUUUCGAAUAGUAGAAGGAGAUCCUCGUCAUAUUUUUGCGCUCCAUAAGGCUUCUGCACAAACUGCGAUUCUCACUCUUACGAGACCGCUUGACCAUGAAGCUCAAAAAUCUUACGAGCUCACCGUCGAAGCGACCGAUCGUGGUGAUCCACCGUUGUCGAGCACUGCUGUCGUCACAGUGAAUGUGAUCGAUCGCAAUGACAACCCGCCGAUCUUUCAAAAAAUGAACUACGAGCAGAAAGUAUCAUCCGACUUGCCCGUUGGCUAUCCGAUAUUGACAGUUUCGGUGAACGACGCCGACCGUGAUCGCCUUUCAUUUUCGUUGUCGGGCGAUCAAGCCUGCUCCUGGCUAGCUGUCGAUCCGCUGGGUGUAGUUUCAUUCACUAAAGGGAUUUCUGGAAGAGGUCCUGGAAAUAUCACUUGCGUCAUUUCUGCCAGUGAUGGGACUCACACUGCGAAUGCUACGUUAAGGCUGAAUCUUUUCCGAAACGAACAGCCUACGGUGGAGACCCCUCAAACGAACCGUGCUCCCACUUUUGCCCGAGAAGUAUACACGAUAACAAUAACCGCAGCUGACCGUGGUCAAGUGCUGAAGAGAGUGAAGGCUACAGAUCCAGAUGGAGACGUUGUCAGCUAUUCGAUUGAACCUCCAGAGUUCAGGAAUCUUUUCGAAGUGGAUGGAGAGGGUCAAGUCACACUGCGAGUUCCGCUCGAUCAUCUCAAGCAGACAUCGUACAGUUUCCUGGUUGUUGCUGAAGACAACGGUCAUCCGGUGAUGUCGUCUUUCACGAACAUCAGAGUGAAAGUGCCCGAAAAUGAAAAUCACGUCGUCACAUCGGAUUUGAUUGAAGCGACUGCUUCAACGGUCACAAGGCCUCCAUAUUCUCGUGGGUCUUCGAGAAAUUCUCAAUCAACUGUGAUCCCAACUAGUAGUCCCACAGAAGACGGGACUAGUAGUAGCAUGCAGGAGACUUCCAAAAGAACUCCAUCGUCCGCUACGGAGGAGGAAACUACACCACAAAUCUCUAUUGUGACUGACUCAGCAAUUUCCUUCACUCGCAAGAAGUACACCUACGCAAUGCGAAGUGACUCACCUGUUGGCACUUAUCUUGGGCAGAUUGAGUUGAAUAACAGCAAUGCUGUGAAGCUGAUAUUCAGAAGGAAUAAGAAAUUCGUCAUCGAUGCGGACGGUUGGAUUCGUUCUGUGGUUGUGUUCGCCUCCCCUGAGAAGAUAGAGGACGAGAUUUUGGCGGUCAAAGACGGAACUACGGUAGCGGCUGUUCCAUUUUUGGUACAUGUACUUGCGCCUAGCUCACUGGGUACCUCAUCGGCUUUGCCUUCUACAAUGACAGAAACUUUCGCGACAGCUGAACCGUUUACCACAGAGGACUCCUUGUUCUCGACGGGAAAAUCCGAAAUGCCUUCAACUGAUAAAGAAACUACAGAAACAAUUUUGACGAAAACCGCUGAAACCGCUGAAAGUGCAACAGUCAAUACAUCUCCCUACCUUAAUCCGUCCACAGUGCACAUCACCGGAACGACAAUCGGAUCUACUGACGGUGGCAGUGAAGUCGUGACGCGCUCCACUUUAGCUACAGAAGCAUCCAGCUCUCAGCCUAAAUUAGCUUUCACAAAAUCCACAUAUUUUGCAUUUGUUCCCGAAGGACAAUACAUUAACGGAAUUCGACUUGCGGUUAAACCUGAACCGUUGUCCGUCAAUCCACAGACAGCGGUACGAUACGAAAUUGACGAAUCCUCACCGAAUAUACCGUUCUUCAUCACAUCAGACGGGCAACUCAUCAUUUUCGACGUCGACCGAGAAUCUCAAUCGUCCUACAUGUUCACUAUUAAGGCCACCAGCCCGGAAUUCGGUGUAGCGAAAGCGAUGAUGAACGUGACAAUUCUAGAUACUAACGACAAUUAUCCCAUUUUUGACGUGUCUCCUCCGGAAAUAGGAGUUUAUAAGGACGCUCCCAUUGGAACGCCUCUCUUUCGCUUUAGUGCCCGGGAUAAGGACACUGACAACUACGGGGUUGUCACUUAUGGGUUGGAAGAGCAGGAGAGCCCGUUCAGCAUUAAUCCUAACGAUGGUACUCUUGUCGUCGCUCGUGCACUCGACUACACUCCAGAAUACUCACUGACUGUUUUUGCUAAAGACAACGGAAGACCAUCACUGAAGUCCACGCAAAAGAUGGCCAUCCGUGUCUUUGAUCCAAGAAUAGAGUCGCCACAUUUUCAAAAAGAUCUGCCAGAAAAAGUGGUCCUUUUCGGGACACAACCUCACUCAGAAAUCGCAGCUGUCCUCGCUGGGCCUACUAUUAACACUAAGCCUAAUCAGGAGAGGAUACUUUAUGGCCUCGUCGACGACCACAAUGGCUUGUUUACAAUAGAGGACGAAGGUAGGUUAAUUCUGUCUCGACGACCAAUGGAUGACGAGAAGAAUCGUUACAUUCAACUGAAUGUUACCGCCGAGAAUAGUCAUGGGAAAGACUGGACUCUGCUGAAUGUGUUCAUCGAAGGUGAAUCCGUCUCUACCACGGCAAGCACUACGGCGAUGCAAGGAACUGGAAGUGAACCGAGUUGCGUAUUCCUCCAAAAGGUGUACACCACGGAAAUCAUGGAGAAUCAAAGAGGAAGAAAGCGCCUUCUGAAGGUGACGUCGAAUUGUGAGAGCGAAGGACGCCCAUACGAAUACUCCUUCUCCUAUCCACUAAGUGAAUUCGAACUCGAUCCGAAAACCGGUGAGGUUUUCGCGGUGCUUCCAUUAGAUCGUGAGCGACGAAGCUACAACUUCCUUUACGUAAACGUCUCCAGCGGUGCUCCUCCCACUGCAAGACGUUUCGCUCGUGAAAAUCCUAUAAUCGAGCAAGCCAAGUCAAACCUAGCCCCCUCCCAAACGCUGGUCGUGGUUCGAGUUCUCGACGAAAACGACAAUGCGCCCAUUUUCCUGUACGGAACCGACGACGAUGAUGCUCAAGUGGCCACAGUAGACUGGCAGGCUCGUCUAUUCACUCCUGUGAUUCGAUUACGAGCGAAGGAUGCUGACGAGCGCCCUCAGCUCAGCUAUUCUAUUUCUGGGACAGGAUCGGAUUAUUUCCUUGUUAAUUCCACCAGCGGACUAGUGAUCUUGGGGAAAUCGUUGGCUGACUAUUCUGGCGAUUCGUUCCAGCUUACCGCAACUGUCACCGAUGGUCUUCACAUCGUUCCUACCCCACUUAGAAUCUACGUGAUUUCUCCUUCAUCGUCGCUUGUGCAGCUCACCGCUGAAGUUCCCCAUUCGCAAAUUGAUCAGCGAAUUGUUGAACGGACGCUGAACGAGCUGAAUGGUUUAGACAACCACUUGCUCGUCAAACAACCUUACAUAGAUAAUCAGGGCCAUGCGGAUCCAACCAGAUCACAUUUGUUUGUGUACGCGUUGGAUCCAAAGACGAGAAUACCAUACUUAAAAGAGGAUCUUGCUAAAGUUCUGGAACAUCACGCGGCUUCACUCCUUACGUCGUCGCACAAGAUUUCUGAGAUCUCGUUGCUUUCGCCUCCACCAACGGCUAUUUCAGCCUUCGACCUCGCCCUAGCUCUGCUUCUCGUCUUAUUACUUCUUAUUCUCCUGGCUGCUUGCUGCAUUCUUGCUUCGCAUUGCAAAAAGAAGCGUGCCAUUGCCACCAGUGACCGCGAAUACAUGGUGUCUUCGUUAGCAGGGCCUCGUCCCUACAACGUAAAAGAAGUGUCACGGACUACGGCACAAAGAGUGCUAUCUGCUCGUCCUCUUCCCGAGCCUAUGACUAAUCAAAUCGAAGUCGCUGUCUCGCCCAUUUUCACGGACGGCAUGGUGUCCACAAACAAAUCCGACACAACUAAAGCUUUUUCCAACAGUGUCAGGGAGAGACCGUCCUUACUACAAAGUGCCUUGGCGAGGCAGAAGGUACACGCCAGCGAACCGAAACCUACGCCACAAUUAUAA